AUGCAGCACUACGGGGUGAACGGCUACUCCCUCCACGCCAUGAACUCCCUGAGCGCCAUGUACAACCUCCACCAGCAGGCGGCGCAACAGGCCCAGCACGCACCCGAUUACAGGCCCUCCGUGCACGCGCUUACCCUGGCGGAGAGAUUAGCUGACAUCAUCCUCGAGGCCCGGUAUGGCUCGCAGCACCGGAAGCAGCGGCGCAGCCGCACGGCCUUCACCGCCCAGCAGCUGGAGGCUCUGGAGAAGACCUUCCAGAAGACGCACUACCCGGACGUGGUGAUGCGAGAGCGCCUGGCCAUGUGCACCAACCUGCCGGAGGCUCGUGUGCAGGUGUGGUUCAAAAACCGUCGUGCCAAGUUCCGCAAGAAGCAGCGCAGCCUGCAGAAAGAGCAGCUCCAGAAACAGAAGGAGGCGUCGGCGGGCCCCGAGGGCUCCCAGCAGGAUAACAAGGUUGACCCCACCAGUGGCAGCACCACCGCCACAACCACUGCCGCCGCCACCACCACUGCCACCCUGCUUCCUGAGGCCCGCACUCCUCCCCCACCCUCUUCCUCCAUCUCCUCGCAGUCUGAGACGGAGCGGCUGGCCGCGGCACCGCUCCACCCUGGGGAGAUGAGCGUGGAGGUAAAUGUCACCUCACCCGAGCCCUCAGACAGCGAGUCGGCGCUGGAGGAUAACGCCGACAGGGAGAAGGAAGAGGAGGAACCAAGAGGGGGGAUGAGGGUGGAAGCGAGGGAGGAGAUGCUGGGAGAGGCGGGGGUGCAGCCAGGGGACAGUUCUCCACCCUGCAAACAUCUCAGCCCGAUGCCAGACUCUCCGCUGGGCUCCCCAAGUCUCCAAUCCUCCAACAGCGUGAGCAGCGCGUUGUCCCAGAGCAACUCCUAUGCCUCCUCUCCCUUAAGCCUCUUCCGGCUGCAGGAGCAGUUCCGGCAGCACAUGGCCGCCACCAACAGUUUGGUGCACUACCCGUCCUUCGACAUGAGCGCACCGACCUCAUUGCCCUACUUGGGCAUGAAUGUCAACAUGCCACCCCCCCUGGGCUCCCUCCCUUGCCAGUCGUACUACCAGUCCCUCUCCCAGGCCCAGCAGGUGUGGAACAACCCGCUCCUGCAAGCCCCAGGCAGCCUCCCCGCCAGCCUCAACAGCAAGACCACCAGCAUUGAGAACCUUCGCCUGCGGGCUAAACAACACGCAGCCUCACUGGGUCUGGACACUCUCCCCAACUGA